UAUGAUCGUUUCUGCAAACUUUAUGGCCGAUAUAAUUGUUUUAGGAGCUACAGGUUGCACUGGCCAACUUAUUGCCCAGUACCUCGCCUCACACCCACAACGUCAUUCGUUCACCCUCGGACUUGCGGCGAGGUCGAAGAGCAGACUCGCUGACUUGAAGAAGAAAUUGUCCUUGGGCAACGAUGUCAAGGAGUUCUACGUGGAUGUUGCCAACUCAGAAGAGGUGGAUAGUGUUGUUCAGCGUGCAAAGGUCGUCAUUAAUGCGGUUGGACCGUUCUGGCGGUGGGGGACUCCGGUUGUUAGGGCAUGCGCACGGCACGGCAUUCACUACGUUGACCUCUCUGGCGAACCGUACUGGAUACACGACAUCAUCCUUGAAUACGACUACCUCGCUUCCAAGACUCACGCCGUCAUCAUCCCGGCCUGCGGCUUUGAUUCCGUCCCGUCCGACCUGAGCGUAUACUUGAGCAACAAGACCCUCAAAGCACUCGCCGGGCCCGAAGCGAAUAUCGACUCGUCGAUAACGGCGUUUAAGCUGAAGGGCACCAUCUCUAGCGGCAGCUUCCAGACUUUCGUCUCUGCGUUCGAGGAUGUCCCUUUACAGAAGCUCCGCGAGGCAUUGCGGGACUGGGCUUUGAGUACCGCUAUCAAAGGUCCAGAGUAUGAGCAUCGCCAACUGUUCUACACCCUACCAUUCUCCAACCCGCCAGUUUACGGCGGCAAGUACUUCAUGGCUAGCACGAACCGCGCCAUCGUGCAGCGGACAUGGGGUAUCAACGAGCUCCAGGCUUUGGAGACGACCUCGUCAGAAGCCCGCACACGUACGUAUGGUCCGAAGUUCAAGUACGACGAAUUCAUGGUCCAGAAAGGGAAGAUUUCAUCCGUCCUACUGAGCCUGAGCUUAGCAUUCACCGCUGUCUGCGUACUGAUUCCACCAUUUCGCUGGCUGUUCAAGAUGCUCAUCCCCGGGCCCGGCGAAGGGCCUUCUGAACAGCAACUGCAGAGUGGUUUCCUCAAGGUGACGAACGUCACCUCUUCUGUGCCGGUCCCCAACAAGCCGCGCACGCACGUUCGGAGCGUCAUUCGCGGGCGGGGCGACCCAGGCUACGGGCUCGCUGCCGUCAUGAUAUCUGAGGCCGCGCUCGCGCUCCUGCUCUCACGCGCGGAGCUCCCCGACGUCGCGCGCGAGGGUGGCGUCCUCACGCCUGCGAGCGCCCUCGGCGACGUCCUCGUCAAGCGUCUCCAGAACAGCGGCAGGUUCGAGUUCGAGAGUGAGGUCAUUCUCAGCGAGGAAGACGAGAGUAGGAAGACGCGGUAGUACGGUGCCCGCUAGAUAUUUCUCGGCUGUCUUACAGCGUGCCUCGUUUCUGCGUUGGACUUCUGGGCAAUAAAAU